AUGGCUGCCGGCACAUUAACCUCGGACCAUGUGAAUUAUCUAAUUUGGAGAUAUCUGCAGGAGUCAGGCCACGGUGAUGCGGCUGUCAAGCUGCAGCGUGACUGGCUCUUAGAUCCCCAGACCCUUCCGUUCGCACAACAUAUCAAAACCCACGCCUUGGUAUCAUUAGUACAAAAAGGUCUCCAGUACCAUCAAAUCGAGCAAUCAUUAGACCAGCCCGGGGGUCGGAAAUCUUCGUCGGCGGCUACCCUACUAUUUUUCGGUACUGAAGCCGGUCGGGCAUCAUCUAUAGCGCAACAAGAGCAGAUUGAAGACGAGAGGGCAAGAUCCUCAAGCGCACGAAAACAUGGCCGGGAUUCUAAUACUAAUGGACUAUCCUUGGAUCUACCCCCACCGGCACCAGCAGCAAAACGGAGUCGGCGCAGUAAUGGUGACAUAUCCACCAAUGGCGAUCGAGGAGACGGCGACAGCAUGCAAAUCGACCAAAAUGGCUAUCAUUAUCAGAAUGAAGCACCGGUACCGGUAUCGCCGACUAAUUACUCCCCCGCAGAAGAUGGUCCAACGGCCAAUGGCAUGGACAUGGACAUGGACAUGGAUGAAGAUGCCGAUGCGCCUGGCAGCCCCGCCUCGGACAAUGCACCAUUAAUACAGACGCUCACCAACGGCGAAAGCAGAGGCGUUCAAAGCGACAAAGUGGCAGAACUCGGACCGCAAACGAGCAUUCUGACAGUAUCUGAAACAAGCCACGUGAUGCAUACUGCAUGGAACCCGAAAGAUCCAACUAUCCUUGCAACUAGUGGAGAGGCGCUAUGCCGUCUUUGGUACAUUUCAAGAUCGGCAGCUUUUGACGAUAAUCCUAACCACCAAUCAUAUGUCGACCUGUUCGAUUCAUCCCACCGCUCCUUCGUCUCUACUAUGGCAUGGGAUCCGACGGGCGAAAUACUCGCCGUCGCUACUCGCGAUGACAAUUCCGUCUGGGUCGGCGCAGUAAGUCUUUGGUCAAAGGCUGGAAAGGCACUCGACGAGCUACCAGCUGUCCAAGACUUGGUCCUCAGAUUGCGCUGGUCGCCUUCCGGCAAACAACUGCUAGGAAUCACCUCUUCCGGUGAUGCCACUUCCUCUUUGGCACUCUGGGACGUCGACUCGUCGCAAUCGAUGCCUCCCUACCAACUUCCCAGCGUCAUCACCGAUGCCGCUUGGACAUCGAAUAACCAAAUCACCAUCUGCGGCAAUAAUAUCAUCGCCUCAUCUCUCCUCGAAGACCAACGCAUCAUCGCACUGAACACUCGCUCUGAGCCAACAGCCCAACACGAUUGGUUUCACAUACGCUACGAUUCCCGCACCCACACUACCGCCCUCGCUGCUGAAGAUACACCGGUCCUUGGCCUCAUCGACUCAUCGGAUACCCUCCGUACCAUCACCGCACACGAAUCCGAAAUCACAGCUCUCGCCUAUCAACCUGUCACCAACCUCUCCGCUUACCCAGCCAGCGCUCCCCGCCUCCUUGCCACCUCCUCGCUGGACGGAUCCAUCAAAGUAUGGGACGCCAAGCGACCCUUCGAUCUGGUGCACACCCUCUCACUAGGCCACGCGGCACCCGCAAUAGCUAUGUCGUUUACUCCAGACGGUUACCUGGUCGCAGCAGCGAAUUGGAAUAGAGUGCUGAUCUGGAAUGCAGAAGCUGGAGGGUUGCCGAAGGCAACCUGGAAAGGUGUGCUGGGCAAAUUUCCCAAUGGUAUGCUUACCAAUGGGAAUGGAGCUAGCGAAGAGGAGGAUGAUUUUGGAGGCGAUGCAAACAGCUCUUUGAGCUGGGACGCCGAAAGUGGAAAGUUGGCAUUGGGGAUUGGCAAUAAGGUUGCGAUCAUCAACUUACGGCAUUGA